UCCAAGUCUUUACAGCAGGCCACAUAGGACUCUUGACAGUUUCUAAGCUGAGCUGGAACUUGGAUUUUUACUCUCCCAAGCCUGUGUUCUUAUUCUUUUUUCCCUGCCUGGUCAGAAGCUUUGAAUAAACAGAGGAAAUAAGGGGAAAAUAAAAGAACGGGAUGGGGGAAGAAAUACUUCCCAAGACCAUCCCACACCUGCACAACAGAGAGGACAAACCAUCAGAGACCAAGAUGAUGGUGGAAAAGCCCACAACUCCAUCUGUGGCCCAACUAGCAGGAAAAUUUCAAGAGCAAUCAUCAGUUUCUGGAAAGGAGAUCCCACCUCCUAAACCAGCACGCAGAAAGCCUCCUUGUUCUCUUCCCCUCCAUACAAAUAAGAUGGAGCAGGGACAGAAUGGUGAGCUAAAACCACCCUCAAAUGCUUCUCGGCCUAUAAAGAUAAGGCCCAAAAGUUCUCCUCUCAUUGAAAAAAUGCAGGCCAAUUUGGCAUUUGUUCCAACAUCUAUGCUGCCAGGAGCUUCUCCUAAAAGUCCUGGACUGAAGGCAAUGGUGUCUCCCUUUAACAGUGCACCAGUCACCCCUGUCAGCCCACACACUCAUUCAAGUAGUCCUGUUGAAUCUCCAGUUAGUUUUGAUCAACCACCAGAAGGCACUCAUCUUCAGUUUUAUAAUAAGGUAAGGACGCGAGGAUCAAUAAAACGCAGACCACCAUCUAGAAGGUUUCGAAAAUCACAGUCAGAAUACGGAGAUGACCUAGAUUUAGAAGGGACAGUUUUACCUCAGGAAAAUGGUUCCAAAGCUGAGGAGAAGGAGGAUGUAGAUGUAUUUAUGGACAGGAAUAAAACUAUGAAAUCCUCACCUGCCCCUGUGGAUGGCAUAGAUCAUCAUAAGAAGAAAAAUCAUCAACCUUCUGAUGAAAAAUCCUCAUCAGAUCUACAAUCUAGUGGAUUAGAAAACAAAGAGAAAGAAGUGAAUACAGAAAAAGUAACAAAAUUCAAAGAGAGCCAGGAAGACAAGACAUACCAGAAUCUUUCAGAGGAAAAGCCAAAUACGACUGUGAACAUUGAGAAAGAGAAGACUGCAGAUACUGAUAUUGCAGAAGAUAGAAAAAGAACACCAUGGAACUGCAUUGCUUCUGACCUGGAAAACACUUAUAAAGAAAAGAGGGGGGGAAAAAUAAAUGAAAGUGAAGAUUCACAUCACGAAUCAAGCAUACAGGAUACUGGGACUUCACAACCUAAUUCAGAUAUGAAACUAUUUUGAACUCCAGGAUAUGGUGCUAAUAUAAUUACUAAGCAAAUGAUAAAUGAGAAGCCAAUUAUCAGCGUUCCUAUUGCAAAACCUGCUUAUAAACUAUUUCUAGUUUAUAAAGGUUUACAAAGAAAUAAACUAUUUCUUAAAUGAAAAUACCAAAGAAACUGAAUUGUUACUUUCUUCUGGCAAUUCUUAAGAAUAUCUGUGAUGAACAGCAACCUUACCAAGUUCCUUAAGUUUCUCAAACUUGGGGACAGGCCAAAAGCGUGUUUUGGAGAUUGUUGUCUAUUAAAUUUCAACAGUUGCUAAGAGUUUUUUUUUUAAUGAAAAGGACUAUGAUCCAUAUUAAUUAUACUUUCUGAUUAAAGUUGACAUUUCCAAACCAUUUCUGGCCUGUGAGCUAUAAUUAUCCUGCAUACAUAGCCAUUAUAGAAUCAACACAGAACCACCAAAAACUCAGUCCCUAAUGGUUUUCUUAGUGGCUGUGGAAUAAUUUGUAUAUGUGAUAAAGUAAAAACAAAAAACAAAACCCGCCCCAAACUGAUUUCCUACAACAUUUCAUAUCUUUUGAGUUUUUCUGAGUUUGCUAUUAAACAUGGGAGAAAGCUAUGACUGGAUUCAGCAAAACAGUUAUCAUGGAUUCGGCCACAUGAUUGCUAAGCCAUUGUGAUAAAUAGGCCAUGGCUUAGGGUUUAACAUGUGCAUAUUCAGUUAUAUGACUUAUUUAGCAAAGAAGAGUGAGACUGUAGCUCGACAUGAUGUAUGUAUUAAAUUUGUGGAUAUUUUUAUACAUGAAUGUUACAUUACGUUUGAGCCUCUUAUGCUAUUUAUCUAAUUCCCUUGGUUAUUGUUCAUAUUUUUAAAAAAGGAAAAGUUAUUUAUAAUGUAAAUGAUAGAUCUUCCUGUUGUAUUUUUAAAAAUGUAUUACAUACUGAAUUGACUAAAGCAAUAACAUCUUUCAGUCUCACUUGUCAAAAUAACUUAUAUCUUGCAAAGUCUGUUCUUCUCUUUAAGAAGUCAGUUAUGGUGAUUGCUUAAGUAGACAUCUCCAAUUAUUUUAGGAAAUAGGAAUAGAAUAGAAAUAAAAAUAGGAAGCACUGGAUCAUGCCCCAUUAUAUAGACUGUUUUACAAAUGCAACUGCUAGUCGAACAUGAGAUCUAUAAGAAAUAAUGGCUGAAAUAUCAAAUGCGGAGAAAACAUAUAAUCAAUAAAUUAGGGGAAAACAAGCUGUUCACCUAUGCAUUGCUGAACUUCACACAGAUCUGCUUGAUGUGACUGAAGAAUGAAAGCAUAUACCUGUCAGUAUGAAUACUGUUAAGUGUUGCUAUUUGGAAGGAAUUAUGCCUAGGUCUGCAAAUAUUGCUUAUACAUCAAGUGAGCAUGGUUCACUGCAGUGUUAUUUUGCAUAUUGUCAUCUCUUCCCAAAAGCUAUCUUCAAAGCAGAAAUAUGAAGUAGUUUCAAAAAUAACCAUAUUGUUAAAGAAAUAAUAUGAUAUAUUAAAGAAAAUGUUUUGUAAUUAAAGAUACCCAUUUAUAUCAAAUAGACAGUUUAAUUUCGUGAAUUUCUCAAAUAGGUAUGAAUGAGAUAAUAGAUUCUCAUUGACUAUACAAUUAAACUGGUAUGUAUUGCUUUCUGAUUGUCAAGGAUAAUAGAAAUGUUAUAUAAAUAUUUAUGUAAUGUAUGGAUCAUGUCAUUCUGAGAAAUGAAUUUUCUUAUGCAAUAUAAUGUGUUUGUUAAACUUCAAA